AUGUCAAACUUUGUAGAUUCCGUCUGCAACCCAUGCUUGAAAGAUAUACGUCAAGAAGUAACGGACGAAUUGACUUCUAAACUUAAGAGCGACCGAGAUAUUCUGGAUAGAUUUUACCGUUCCUUUGGACUUGAUCCAAUGAAAUUGCACUCCAAGGAAUUGGUGGACAUCAAAGAUAUCUUUCCUGAUACUCCAGUCAAGGUGCUGAAAGAUGUUUUUAAGGCUUUGCAGUUGUACGACUAUGUUGAAUUGUUGGAAAAGGCAACAAAGCCACGGGCACUUAGACCUGCUCUUUCGUUGAAAGAAAUUGAAAAACUGCCAAAUGCAAAUAAUCGUCCUACAAAGUUUUUUACUAAAGCGGAGGUCUUGAUUAUCGAUAGUAGUGAUGAUGCAGACGAAAGCCCUCAAAAUUUUGGGUCGUUUUUUAAAACUUUGAAUCCGGAGUGCCAGGUAAUUGCAGUGGCAGCAGAAAACUGCAUAGAAUUGCGUAAAGAUCUGCAAAGGCUUAGAGAACUUAACAACUCAAAACGCUCCUCUAUAUGGGAUGCAAAGAACAGAGAACAAGAACUGAAAGAAGCGCUGGAAAAUAAAGUACCAGUUGACCAUGGCCGGUAUAUGGUUGGAGCAGGAGCGAUUUACCGGGAAUUAAAAAACGAGGAGCUGUUGACCAUGUUCGAAGAAAAGGAGUCAGCGAUGAAAGAAGAACUAGAAAAGCUAAUAAAAGAAAUAAGGCGGUUGAAAAAAGAAAGCAAGAAGAUAACCAAGGAUUUAGAAAAGAAGAAUGAAGAACUUCAGGCAGAGUAUGAGAAAUUUAACGGUGCUGUCUCAACCCACUUCAACAAAUGGAUGGAACAGGCAUAUGUUAAAGGUUAGUAAACGGUGAUAGUCAACAUGAUAUGACUUCCUACAUGGGGCAGGUAGGGGGGGAAGUGGAGCUUAAAUGCGUAACCUCAUAGCGGCCUUCUAUUACUUAAAAAGUAACGAGGAUGAUCAAAUGGAGACAGAAAUCUAAAAUAAACCGAAAAAAUCCCCCCCCCGCGAAAAGAAAUCUCAAGGCCCAAACUUAAUCUCCAAAAACUUCCAUGCAAAAUCAUGUCUGAGCUUGAGAAAUCACCACAGCAAAAGGGAAUUCCUUUGAUGAGAAAGAAUUAGGGGACGCAAUGAACAUUAUUGAUCGACUAAACGAAAUUUAAGCCUAUUUGGACACACCGCAGGCACUUUGCGGAGUAUGCAUAACAGGUUUUCUGGAAUAAUUAGUGUGAGAUACAAUGUAAUGUGUAGCUUCUUUUAAAAGAGCACAAAAACACAAGUUUGUUUAAACUUUAUUGGCGGAAUUACGCGGCCGGCAUACACUGGUGGCUUAUUUAAGAUUUCUGUCUCCAUUUGAUCAUCCUCGAAUUUCCCCCAAUUCGCACAAGUGUACCUGCCCGCAGGCUCCCUACCCCUGGAGCGUUAUCUACCUUUUGACCAACUUGACGGAUAACAUAUCCCAAAAUGUCGGCGAGGGCCAUUAAAAAAUGUCCUUUAUAUCCUGAAUUUACCAAGGAACACUUUACUAUUUACACCGAUCUCGCCCACGCUUCUAUUAAGGAUGGGGAAAACUGCUGGCGGCCUCUUUGGGAUGAGAGAUACAGAACCGUGGCGGAGUUGGGUGGGAUGAGGUGGGAGGAGAAAAAAUAAACCAUCAGAAAAAGGUGCCAUGGAGAGAAGAGCGGGCAAAGCAAGGUGUCAGAAUGACAGUCCUCGAUGAUAAUGAAUUCAUUUUGUAUGUGCCCUUUUUAGACGCUUGGAAAGACCGCUGUAAAUAGGCAAAUGGACUUCGAUCGAGGUUAGCAUGUUUUAUCCACGAAUAAUAUUAGGUUCUGCUUCUGAUUUGGAUCAUACGAAAGUCGAAUCCGAUAACUGAUAGUAAGAACAGUUUUUUUUAUCCUCUUAACUUCGUUUGUUUUCACUUUAUAGGUAACGAAUCGACCCUUUUUGUCGUAGUCAUUGCGAAUAGACUCGAGUCUGGAUACUAUUCAGAGGACUUUUUCAAGCAUGCGAAAAUAGUAAAUGACUGUUUGAAAGAAAAGUUGCCUCUCAUUCCACAAACGAAGGUGGUGAUAAUCAGUGACCCGUCAAGACUGAUGAAUCCGGGAGAAAUUCCUCCAGAAACUCUUCAGGUGUAUUUGCCAAGACGGGUUGGUCUGGGCACGGUGUUGGAGCUUUUAAACAAGCGCUAUAAGUCACUGGAUCUCAUUGCAGUAAUAUUGGAAUUAAAAAGGUCGUCGUAUUUAACACCUUAUGGAAAAGGUCCCUAUUACCAUCAUUAUGGCGGCUGGUUUUCUCCAUUGGAUGUUACAAUUGAUUUUUACGAAAGCUUGUCUUGUCUUCCAAGACUUCAGAAAACGGAACAAUUGUAG